UCACCAGUCUCACAGUAAAGAAUUCAUAAUAUCUAAUAUAAACCUGCUCUCUUUCAGUUUGAAGCCUUUCUGCCUUGCCCUGUCACUACAUAUCCUUGUAAAAAGUCCCUCUCCGGCUUUCUUUUAGCCCUACACCCCUAUAGGUAAUGGAAGGUGCUCUGAGGUCUCUCAGGAGCCUUCUCCAGGCUGAAGAAGCCUGACCCUUUCAGCCUAUGUUCAUUAGAAAGGUUCUCCAGCCCUGCUCUGAUCAUGUUCAUUAGUGCUUCUCUGGACUCAUUCCAAGAGGUCUACUUUUUUUUAUGUUGGGGGUCUCAGAGCUGGAUGCAGCACAGCAGGUAGGCUCUCAUGGGAGAGUAGAUGGACAGUAUCACUUCCCUCAACCUGCUGGCCAUGCUUCAUUUGAUGCAGGCCAGGAUGUGGUUGGAUUUCUGGGCUGCAAAGGCACAUGGCUGGUUCAUGUUGAGCUUCUCAUCAGCCAACAAAUUCUUCUCAGGGCUGUUCUCUGCCCAGUCUCUGUUUAUGCUUGGGAUUUCCUGCCCCAACCCAGGUGCACUUGCUGUUUUUGAACUUCAUGAGGUUGCACAGGCCCAUCUCUUGAGCCUGUCAAGAGAGUCUCCUGUUUCCUUGCAGAGAGGACUCACAUUUUCCUUAGUCUUCCUUUUAUCACUGAUGUACCUAAAGAAGCUUUUCUUGUUGCCUUUGAUGUCCCUGGCCAGAUUUAAUUCUCUCAGGGCAUGUUAGCUUUCCUAACAUGAUCCCUCAUUUCUCAGACAAUUUGUACCCCUCCCAGGCUAACCAUUCUUGCUUCCACCCUCUUCAGGCUUCCUUUCUGUGCUGCUCUUUGUCCAGGAGCUCCUUGUUCCCCUGUACUGGUAUUCUGUGGCCUCUGAAGGCUGUCCCUCUCUAUCCAGCAAGGGUGGCUCAAAGACUUGGGAAUCAGCUCUUGAAGUGGUACUGUGUCCCAGACAGGCAUGUUAACAUAAUAAAGAACUUAACCAGCAGCAUUUGUGACUGCUCCCACAGGUCCAUGCAUCAGUACCCCAGUUUGCACAUAGUCGCCUGAUUUAGGUGAUGCACCAAUAUGGCUACACAGUUUCCAGUUGGUUUUUGGUGUGGGCAAAGGUUAUUUAUGGCCUUCUGUAUGGGGACUAUGCCUUUCUCUCUCAUGUGAAAGAAAACCAUGUGCUUGGUUAUUGUCCCUUUUCUAGAGAAAGCUCUUUUACUGCAUUUAUAGUGUUUGCACUUUCCUUUUGAACACUGAUCAUUUAUGUUUGUUUUCUUUUCUGCUUACCCUACCUUUCCUACCAGCUUUCCCCGAAUGACUCUGUUUCUCCAUUGAAUUCUGUUUCUGGCCUCAAAGUUAUUUUCCUAUGUUUAGAGGGAGAGUAGAUAUGUAUGUAAAUGGAGUUGUCUUUGCCAUGGUAAUAUGAUCUUCAAAGGCUUGGACUACAGUCACUUUGCUGCAUUCUUUACAUAAAAUGUUUGUCUUGGCAAGUUUCUGCCAGCAGAGUGCUGCAAAGGCCCAGUCCUGCUAAUUGCUUUGCUCCCACUGAACUGGUGGGGCUGGUGUUCAUAAAAAAAUGAACUUAAAAAUUAGAGUUGCAUGGUCCUUAGACACUUAUGUUCAUGUUCUACCAUUUUGCCCUUUCUUUACUGAGGUAAUCUAUUUUGGAAGAGACCACUGGCUCUUUAGCUUUUUGUGACCAUUUGGUGUGUGUUAAAAUACAGGAGUCCAUAGCAGUGGAGGAGGGUAGCUAGGUUCCAGUCCAACAUGGAAACCUGUAUGUAGGGAGUCCUGAGUUUGAGGCAUCACUACCUCUUUUUGUACCUGUUUUUUGUCUUUGCCAUUAAAGCUGGUCAGUGUGUGCUGUGGGCAAGAAGGCUGCACACUCCAGGCUUAGGGAGAGGUUUUGCUGGGAGACAGGAUAUGUAAUGUCAAGAGCAAAGCAGGAAGAGAGUACAUCAGUACCGUGUGAUCAGCUUGUACUGCAAACUGCACCACAGCACAAAAUUCUCAGUGGAGUGGACCUACACUUUAGAUGAGAUCUGAAACCUCUCAAAAGGUUUCAGAUGAUAUCUACACCUCUCAAAAGAGAUCUGAAAAGUGAUAAAGAUGCAAACACAUAGAUGAUUCUAUUGCAGCUUUCUCUAGCCCCUCAGUCUAAAACCUUUUCUGUGUACUAAUACUUUCUGUGUGGAAGAUGGAAAGGAACCUCCUGCUGCUGUCCUCAGCUCCUGUCCUGGUUUUCAAAUAAGAGGUCACGUAUUGGGUGUUAUCCAGGCUCCCAGCCCACUGGGUGCUUGCUUAGAGCAUGACCCCUCAAAUAUUACCUGGAAGAACUGGGAGGAGGGAGCAGUGGCACAAGACGGAUGAAGACAGCUGAUUCACAGAAGUUUUUUGUAGCUAUCAGAGCUACAGCCUUACAAAUACAGCAGCUUUUCAUCAGAGGUUAUUAAUUGAUACAGUCACAAGUGGUACUCUCUGUUUGCCCUGGAAAUUGAGAGUGAAGCCAUUUAUAUCUGUUGAAGUAUAAACUGCUGUAACUGAGGGGGUGUUCCCAAAAUCCCACUUCCCAGAAUCAACUGGUCCCAGUUUUUUGCUGCUCGGAUGUAUAUGGAAUACUGUGGUUUAUCCAGGCCUCAAACUAGUCUAGCUGUUUAAGGUAAAAACCAGAGUUGUACAACUAUGUAGAAGCUACAGUGAAAUAGCACUAAAGUUGUAUCAAAAGGUGUUUAAAAAAUCCCACAAAAUAUCGUGAAGAUGCCUGCCAUGUGGAUAAUUUAGCAUUUACAUUGUUGUGGGGUGUUCAGACAUGGCUCUGAAACAGUUGCCUGUUUUACUCAAGUCAGGAAUGCUGCAGCCAAUUGCAAGCAUGGAGAGAAUUUCAGCAAGGGGAGAGUGUGUUAAUUAUCCACACAAGAUGAUCAUGUUCAGUGCUGUGUUUCAUGUGUUUUCAUAUCUGCUGAAGCAAAGUAAGAGAAGUGUUGUGCUGGGGCAAUGUGCACGCAUGGCUUAGAGCUGAAUAGAUGUAAAUGGUUAAAAGGGGUUCUCUGCUAGAGAGGAGGAGGGGAAACUAAGUGUGCAUUCCCAAAAAAGUACAUUCCCAAAAUAAAAAGCUUACAUCAUGGACCUCUUCAGUUUUCCCACACUUCUUCCCUAAUUAUUGUCCUGCAGGACAGCUGAUCUAUUUCAAACAGGAAGCUGUUUACAGAUAACACUUGCAACUGUUUUGUCUGAUUUGUUGAACUGUCGAAAAGAAAAAGACAACCUCUUUUCAAAUUAAAAACUGUCAGACUUCUGUAAACAGCAGCAAUGAGGUUCAUCUGUGCAGUGUCCCUGCAGGCACUGAGCGUUGUGCAGUUCCCAUUCUCUCAGCAGCCAUAAGUUCUCUUUGAUAACUAGACUGCUGCUACCCAGCUGUCACAUAAUGACUUGCUGUCUGGGACCACUUACCCAGGAAGUAGGAGGUCUAAAUGCACUCAUUGCACUGCUCCAAACCUCCACCUCCCAUCUGCUGGAAAGGUGCCCUUGAGUCAGUGACCUGUAAGUGCUCAUUAUGAAGAGAGAUCUGGUUUUCUUGGUGACUCUAAUUAGCCUUGCCUUCCUGUCACUGCUAAGAUCUGGAUAUCCUCAACACAUUGCAGAGGAGUCCUGCUCUGUUCAGAUUCUUGUUCCAGGCCUCAAAGGGGAGGCUGGAGAAAAGGGGGAAAAAGGUGCUCCAGGUCGUCCAGGCAGAGUUGGACCUCCAGGAGAAAAAGGAGAAAUGGGGGACAAAGGACAGAAAGGCAGCAUAGGACGUCAUGGAAAAAUUGGUCCUAUUGGUUCAAAAGGUGAAAAAGGAGAUAAUGGUGACAUAGGACCACCAGGUCCUAAUGGUGACCCAGGCAUCCCUUGUGAGUGCAGUCAGCUAAGGAAGGCUAUUGGUGAAAUGGAUAUUCAAGUAGCCCAGCUGACAACAGAACUAAAAUUCAUAAAAAAUGCACUGCCCUCCCCCGCAGCUGUCGCCGGCGUACGUGAGACAGACAAUAAGAUAUAUCUGCUGGUGAAGGAGGAGAAGAGGUACAAGGAAGCCCAGCUGUACUGCCACGGACGAGGAGGGACGCUGAGCAUGCCCAAGGAUGAGACUGCCAACAACCUGAUUGCCUCGUACAUCAACCAAGCUGGGCUCACCAGAGUCUUCAUUGGGAUUAACGACCUGGAGAAAGAGGGGAAUUUCGUCUAUUCCGACCGGUCGCCCAUGCAGACCUUCAACAAAUGGCGCAGCGGGGAGCCCAACAACGCUUACGACGAGGAGGACUGUGUGGAGAUGGUGGCCUCGGGGGGCUGGAAUGAUGUUGCCUGUCACAUUACCAUGUAUUUUGUGUGUGAAUUUGACAAAGAAAAUGUCUAAGCUGCUCUGCUCUUUCUCUAUUUUUAAAAAAAAUGUUUAAGACAUGGUUACUCCAUGUUUGUAGAGUGCAAGUGAAAUUUUGCAAGUAUGUGGCGUUGGAGUUGUACAGCUGUAAAUACAGUUUAGGUAUUUCAAAUAUCAGAAUUUACCCUUCAGAAGGGAAGAGCAGUAAUAAGGCAUAGCUUGAUUGGCUUUUUUUAAUGUAGGAAAAUGUAUCUAUUUAGAUAAAAAUGUGCUUUGGGGCUAAAUUUUGCCCUUACAACAGUUAACAAAUGUUAAUAUGACUGUAAGGGAAGGCAGAAUUUGGCCUCUAGUUGUUAGAAUGUUUAGAAUUAGAUUCCUGAUAUUCUUUUAUCUUGGUAAAAUUUGUAGUUAUAAAUGCUAAUAACUUGUAGUGCUACAGGGAUAUUUUGGCAACAAGACAUAUUUUUGUAUACUCCUGUUAAUGACUACAAAUAUUACUGUAGGUUUUUUGAAUGUUACAAUGUUGUUUUUUAUUUUUUAACUGUCCAAAGCAAACCAAACAUCAAAAUUCCUACCAAUUCUGUAACGUUUCUUCAUAAAACUGUUCACAGAUAUAUGACCAAAAAGCAUUUAAGUAAACUGAAUUUUAGGGCUGAGGGAGGAAAAAGUCUAGUGAAAGGUGUCCCUGCCCACGGCAGGGGGUUGGAACUAAGUAACCUUCAUGGUCUCUUCCAACCCAAACUAUUUUAUGAUUCCAUGAUUCUAUGGUAUGAAAAUUCUUAUAAUUUAGUACUAAGAGGGUUUCCAUCCAGAUGGUGUUUUGGGGUUGGCUAAAUGUAAAAGUAACAAUUUGAUUUUCUGCAUUCCUCAGUUGAAAAUGAUUCAGUGCAUGAAGUAUUUCAGACCCUAAAUACUUCCCUAAAGUAAACAUUUCACAUUUCUUUAAGAUAAUCUUGGUGCAUCUUGUUAUCAAACAAGCAAAAAUACAAGCCCUCCACAAUUUAAGGCAGAAUUCAUAUAUAUGCAAAUAAGCUCAUGAAAACACAUUAGUGAUCAGUUCCUUUCAGAAAGAAAAUGGCUUACAUGUUUACACAGAUUGUUAAAUUAAUCCCAAGAAAAACAGAAAAGUUUCCAAAAUUUUCCUGUGUAUAUAGCAGUAAUAAAUAACUUUGCACAAAUAAUUUAUGUACCAAAUUUACAAUUGCAUGUGAUGGAAAAUGUGAUGUAUAUUUUAAAAAAAAUACCCCAGCAUAAUUUCACAAAAGAAAUUAUGAAUGAUUUUAAAUCUUCCCAGGAGCCAGUUGCAUGCCACUUCAUCUCACUGUUAGGCAUUGAAAAAAUGUAAAAAAAAUUGCAAAAUAUCUGUGUUUCUGUAGGAAUACCUUGCAUGGUGUUUUAAGAUGAUUUUUAAGGAUAAAUGAUUCUUGUGUAACAGUCUGGUCAAAAGGCAUAUCUGAUCAUUAUGGCAGAUUGGUGUAUAGGAUAUCCACAGAGGAUAUGGCAUGUGGUCCCAGAGAUUUCCUUACAGCAAAGAAACCAACUCAUAUAAACUCUGCUGUGCUGCAGCAUGUAAACAAUCAAUACAAUGCUGUUCCUAUCCACAGAUAGUGACAUUAUUUGAUUUAUAUACCUAAGAGAACAAACUCUUUUGUUUGAUAUAUUUACUCUGUAAAUCUCACUCCUUUAUAUAUAUAUAUAUGUUUGCUAUUAAUUUUUAAGAUCACUAGCAGUACUAAAGUAUCCUAUAGUAUUUGAUUAUCAGCCCAGCUCCAGAGAAAUCACUCAAAAUGAAUGGAUCCUUUGAUUGCUUUAUUUUCUUUUAAUAAAGAUAGGUAUGAUACCUGUGUCUUAGUCAUUCUUCCAACUGCAUAUUGAAAUCUAUUAAAUAAUGUGAAUCUCUUUCUACAGUAAUAUUCAAAGACUAUAUAGCAUUUGCAGGGAGCUAACAAUUCCAGAAGAGCAAUUUGUUUAGAGUAGUGCUUUGAAUAUCAUGAUUGUUUCCUGCCUGUUAUAGAAAUCCUCAGAAACCGUUUAAAUCUCCAACAUACAUCUGUCAAAUCAUUGUUGCUAUAUUAAAACAGUCCAAAUCUGAGAUACAGAUAUUUAAAGCUGCCUCAUUAUGUGUGCUGAAGUUGCUGGUUUUCACCUAGGUUUUGAAAGUUUCUGUUGUAUUGUUCAAUUUCCUCAGAAAGAUGAAAAGAGGCCUUUUAGGGAGAUAGGCAGCUUUUUGAGAUGCCAAAUGCUCCUAUUUUAGCUGAAGUCAUACCAGGUUUUAAAGAUUUUCUCGAUAUGUGUAGCAUUUAAACAGUCUCAAUUUCUACUAAAAUUUAGGAUAAAAAGUAAAAGCAAUGGAAAAACAUUUAUUUUCCCUAGUUUUCAUGUUCUUCAUAUUUUGAUAUGCAGGAUAUUUUUUUGCAGUGUUUGAUAUGUGAGGUAGAAACUAAAUUAGUUUAAUUGUCAGAUACCUGUACACUGGCUGCAGCAGCUCUUAUUUCACCAUUUGGGCAAAGGGAUCAAGGCUAAUGUGUGAGGUCUGUAGCUGUCCUGCAAGAGGCAACAACAGCACAUGUGAUAUUUACCCCUUUGAGGAACUGGGUGGGAAAUGAUGCAGGCAUUGGAAAUGAAUGAGUCCUUCAUAAUUUCUUUCACCCUCUAGUUGCUGAUGCCUGUAGGUAGACCCUUGCUGGAGGCAGAAAUCAAUGUUGCAUGUAGUGCUCAGCCUGCAUGAAGCCUCUGACAUGCUUGGUAAAGUUUCCAUUAUUCUCUCUGGAAUUUGGUACUAUUGUUUUUUAAAAAAAAUAAAAUGAGUGAUAAGCUAAUUAUACUUGGGGUGUUUUCCAUGUGCAUUAGAACCUGCAAUUGUAAUAUACUUACUCAUUUUGUGUAGAUCUGCAGAAGCAUUUGGAACAUGUCUGUCUGGCAAGCACAGGUGUUUCUCAGACUAUUCUUGAUGUUUCUCAGACUAUUCUGUUUCUCAGACUAUUCUCAGACUAUUUAUUUAAUUUUUGAAUAAAGGGCAUUCUAUGGCAUUUUAA